UCAGCAUUUAGACGGAACAUUCCUCCUGCAGCAGACCUCAGGCUCAUUCAGAAAGACCCAAACAUCAAGUACCAACUCUGCUACCUUCAUUAUACCUAAAGUGAACUUUGAUAACGAAGGAUCGUACCAGUGUCAGUAUCAGACAAGUGUUUCAAGACGAGACUUCAGCUCCCCUUUAAGUGACUCUGUCAGACUCUCUGUUACUGUGAGACUUCCAAAGCCCAGCAUCUCCAUGAAUCCUGCUGGUGAGGUUACCUGGGGUCAGGACGUCAGCAUCACUUGUUUGAUCUCAACUCAGCAUUUAGGUGGAACAUUCAUCCUGAUGAAAACCUCCAGCUCCUUCAGAACGAACCAAACAUCAAGUACCAACUCUGCUACCUUCAUUAUACCUAAAGUGAACUUUGAUAACGAAGGAUCGUACCAGUGUCAGUAUGAGACAAGUGUUUCAAGUCGAGACUUCAGCUCCCCUUUAAGUGACUCUGUCAGACUCUCUGUUACUGUGAGACUUCCAAAGCCCAGCAUCUCCAUGAAUCCUGCUGGUGAGGUUACCUGGGGUCAGGACGUCAGCAUCACUUGUUUGAUCUCAACUCAGCAUUUAGGUGGAACAUUCCUCCUGAUGAAAACCUCCAGCUCCUUCAGAAAGACCCAAACAUCAAGUACCAACUCUGCUACCUUCAUUAUACCUAAAGUGAACUUUGAUAACGAAGGAUCGUACCAGUGUCAGUAUGAGACAAGUGUUUCCAGUCGAGACUUCAGCUCCCCUUUAAGUGACUCUGUCAGACUCUCUGUUACUGUGAGACUGCAGCCGCCCAGCAUCUCCCUGACGUCUCCUAACAGAGGUUCAGAGGUCACCAGGGGUGACAGCUUUGUCCUCACCUGCUCCACUUCCUCCCACUAUCCCACUGGUGUUUUCUUCCUCAUCUUCUCUGGCUCCAACAUCACUGACCCCAAGCCAGCAGUCAACCACUCAGCCUCCUUUAACUUCCCUGCUGCUGAGUACGAACACCAGGGCAACUACAGCUGUGUGUAUGAAGUCACAUGGUCUACACGGAAAUACACUUCUCCCACGGCUGCACCAGUUAGUGUCCUCAUCAAAAUGCCUUUGUUGCCGUUGGUCUCCUCAGUAGUAGGUCUGCUGCUGCUCCUACUGGUCUUCGUGGGGGUCUAUCUGGUUGUCAGGAGAAGACAACGAGCCAGGCAGCCUGGAACCCUUGUCUGUACUCAAUGUCUGUGCUCACCAGGACACAUAGAUUGGACAUUGACAAGCUGCGUGACUGUCAGAGGCAGCAAGGAGGAGGACUAUGUGAAUGUUGAUCCAGCACACACCAGGCUGAAACGCAAAGAGGAAGCAGGUAGAGAGGAAGGCGAGAAGAGUGAAGAUCAUGAUUAUGAGGAAAUGCACCCCAAAGCUAAUUCUGUAAAGGCCACAGAGGCCUGUGUCAGUGUAAAGGACAACAGAGAAGAAGAAGAAAGCAGUGAUGAUGAAGAUGACUAUGUAAAUGUAAACCAAAGCAGUGAUGAUGAAGAUGACUAUGUAAAUGUAAACCAAAGCAGUGAUGAUGAAGAUGACUAUGUAAAUGUAACCCAGCCAUUUGUGGAACAAACUCUGGACAUUUAUGGAGAAAAUUAAAAUAUAAAUAUGGCAUAGUCUAAAUGUGGGAAUGAGACACCUAAAGCAUCAGUCAGUUGGCGUCAAGAUUCUUAGGUUUGCCAUUUACCUACAUUAACUACCAUCUCUCCGACUACUGCGACAACACCGCAGUUAACGACAUGCAGUCCACUAACACUACUGGUCCCAGCACAACACAGACUCCAACAUAAACUCCACAUAAUCCAAAACAAUAAAGGUUAAUGUGAUGAAGCCUUUCAGUCCAAAGGAGAUUCUGAGGAUGUUGGUGAAAAAUUUGAAUAUUAGUAAGGCUGGAGCUAUGGAGAGAAUCAUGUUCUGUGGCGGUUUCAGAACGAAAAGUGUACAACAGGGGUCAGCAAAUAAGUCUGGAAUUGGGCCAAAUUUUUUUCAAGCCAUUAUAUGGCAGACCAGAACAGAGUCAAAUUAUUUCAUAUUCAUGUGCAUGUUUAGCUCAGUACUGUUCGGGACUCCCGUUAGGAAAAUCAAUUCCAAUUAAUUGCGUAUAUGUUUUCCCCUUAUUACUUGAUUAUAAGGACACUUUUGCACAUGCUCACAGUAAGGCACGUGCUGCAGUUUGUGUGUGCCUGGCGUUUGAUCAGAAUUCAUAAACCUAUGGAGUUUAUUUUCAUUUCCCUGAGAAAACUCAUUGUGCGAACUACGGGUGAGCUUAGCUCCCCCUAAUAAGACAUCAGCUCCCCUAAAAGCAUGAUUUGUGAUAUUCUGGGGGUCUCUAAAAUAUUUACAGCAUGAUUUAUUGGCAUUAAUCUUAUCAUGAAUAAUGCGGAGCAUCAGACUUCAUCCCGCCAGAGGAAACAAUCACUGACAGACUGCAGCGGGCCAGUCGCUCCGCGAUCUCCUGUCCCUGCUCUGCCCCACUCCCUCUCCGGUGCUGACAGGCUGCGAACGGUUCGUGAUCACUUAAGUCACUUAAGAGGAAGUGAUUGUGUGAGUAACUGUAUCUGUCAUGACUGAUAUCUAUUUCAGCACCAGCCGCUAUCAAUUUAUUUAUUUUUUAUUUUUCUGCUAUCAAAGCAAUCUGGCCGCCUAUUGCCGACCACUGGUCUACAGUAAUCAUAGUAACAUAUCUUCCUUGUGAUGAUAUGGCGCUGAGACAAAUGUGUCUCAACUAGUCAGAUCCUUUAGGAUGUUACACCGCCACUGUCCGGUGUCGUGCCAGGGUAGUUAUCCCUGAUAGAAAGUGUUCCCUCUGCCGCGGGAGCGCACGUGCAUUCAAUGGUGAAGGUGGACUUUUGACUUCACAAAAGUAAAUGAAAAAUAUAAUAUGUGGGUUGUUUCAUCUGUUGUUUUAGUGUUGUUUUAUCAACGAGGUUUUUGCAGAGCGAGCUAGCACACAGAUUAUAUUUAUCGCUUUUAUAGGCUAACGUUAAUGUUAUGCGUUAUUGAACUUCAUAUUAUUCAUUGCACUGAAUUGAGAAGAACUAAACAAUAUGAGCAGUUUCAGUUUCCCUCGCAAAGCAGUUAUUUCGCGAUAGUCUGGCGAUGUUAUAACUGACCACUUAGUCAUCCAUGUUACUGUUUGAAAAUAUCUACGCCAGCCAUACUGUAAAAUCACGAUCACUGUAAUCAGUUUAACACAUUGCUCAUCUCAACAUUACAUCUACUUGACUUGAGAUAAACUUGACAAAUAUACAUUAAAUUGAAUGCAGCCCCCUGACAGUACCCCUCCUUAAAGGGUAAAUUAUUAUCAUAACAAUUUAAUAAUGUCCCUGUUUUGCUUCGUUGGCCUCGGGUGGGUGGUUGGCAUGCAGAUGAUUUUGACAGCGGACUUUUAUUGGCGGGUGCACGGUGACCUGUGCGGCGCGUUUGCUGCCGGGCUGGGACUUGCUGCUGGUGUUUCUCUCCGCAGGCUUUUGUUGUCGUGUUGUUCCGUUUG